CUUUAGCACUGGACGUGCUGGUAGAGAAAUGAGCAUGGUGGUGAUAACACGGGGAACCCCUCAGGCAGUCUCCCGGCGCGGUCCAGGUGGAGAUGGGUCUGAAGCUGUGGGAAUGGAGGGAGGCCUACUGGACCUGUCCAGAGCAGCAGGAACAAGGGGCUUCUGCAGGGAGGUUUCCAGGGUGGUAGGAUAGGGGCCACGCAAGUCUCCGAAGCCUGUUUCAGCUCCGUCAGGGCUGUAGCCGCGCAGCCCCCCCAGUACUUGAUCUGUCCUGAGAAAGCCCCGAUACCUCUCUGUCCCUGAGCCAGUCUGGGAUCCCUGGGGCCAGGCCCCCGUGGAUCAGCUCCUCCCUCUUCCAUCUGGCCUCAUUUUCACUCAUCCAGCAAAUUUCCCUAAACCCGGACAAGGUGUCAGGCACGGGUGGAGGCCCUGGUGCUGCACGCCCCACCUCUGCAGCCCUGCCCAGGACAGCUCCUGCCUCCAAAGUGGGGGCUAGCCCCUGCCCAUGUGUCCAGGCCAGGGGUCAGGAGGGAGAAGCUGUUGUGGGCAAAGAUGGACAGUUCAGUCCUGCCUCCAGGUGCCUCCGGACAGGGAGGCAGAUACAUCCUUGGUACCCGGGCAGCCAGGAGAAGCUGCUCCUGAGGCAGCCUCCAGGAGUGGCCCCUCUUCAGGUAUGUAAACCCUACCUGGAAUUUUCUCUUUUCUGAGCCUCCGUGUUGUUAGAAGCCAAGUCAGGAAGAAAGCUGGAAAGGAGGCCAGGGACUUAGGGAUGCAGACCCCUUUACACACUGAAGUAAAGAUCUUUUGGCUGACCCAUCCUCAGCAAACUGAACCCAUUCUUCCUCCUGCUGCCAGGCUGGAGACUGGCUGUGUCCCCUGGCUGAACGCUGAGCUCUGGGUGGCCUUGGGGGAUGUGCUGGAGCCUAGCCCUGGAGGGGCGGGGCAGGCAGCUAGAGUUUCAGGUUUGUUUGUGCCUCUAGAAGGCACCUUGGGGCCAAGGGUGUGACGCAGGGCUCAGCAUUGACAUUCAGCAAAGCUCCCGAUUUCCCCAGAUUUCCCCGUUCUGCUGUGGGUGGGUAGGAGGGGGUUGGCUCUACAGUCCCAAGCAGGCGCAGGGUCUGGAGUUUUUUCCACGGUGUUCUGGGGGCGGGGGGCGGGGUGUACUGUGGUCCUCAGCAAGCCUGGGCCAGCAGUAUACCAGCCGGUGCACAGGAGGUGCAGUUCACACCCAGGGCCGGCCUGAGCUCUGCCAGGCCCCACGACGGUGUUCUUUUCAGCAGGGUCAGUGCUAUUAAUAUCAGGAGAGCACACAGCCCCCAGCCGGGUGAUCCUCUUAAUGCCUGUGGCCUCAGCCUCUGAGGCGGCCGUGGGUCCUGUUCUCUCCGGACGGGGCUCUUCCGACCCCUCCCCCAGCCCCUCACCUGCUCUGCCGCCCGCCCACCCAUGGAGGGGCAGUUCAGGCGGCCCCUCAGCUGUCCUGGGGGGCUACUGUGGGUCUGAGAGGCACAGUGGAGAUGUUCCUGUACACACCUGGGAUCACCCUGCUGUCCAGUGUCCCCUGUGUCCCAGCCAUGAGCAGCCCCCCAGCUUACCCUGGCAUCAGGAUCUCGGGGUGCUGGGCCCUUGGAGCAGAAGGCAGGUGAGUGGCAGGCCUGUUGUCUCCCGUGGCUGUGGUGGGGCAGCCUGCCUUUGCUGUGUCUUGGCCGCUUGCAGCCCUGUGCAUCAUGUGUCUAAUGGACGUCAGGAGACAAACAAGCUGGGUAGGUGCUCUUGAGGGGCCAGGCUGGGCUGGCCACCAGCAGGGGCUCGUUUUGCCCGGGGCUGUCUGUUACAGGUGAGUCUUUGUCCGUUGUGGCUCAUAAUCCUUUGGUUUGAAAUUACCUUUUGUCACUGUAGCCAGACGCACCCCGUUCUUCUGUGGGCUGGGUAAAGAGGUCUUUGGUGCGACAUUCCCAUUUCCAAGGUCGUGUCACUGAGAAAAUGGGGUGAGGCUUGCUCUGAGGUCACAGCGAGGCUUCCUCCCUGGUUCCCAGAGAGAGACGGGGCUUUGGAGAAGACCGUGGAGCUGGGCUUGGCUGCACACCCAGCCUGAUACUGUUCAGACCCAUCACACGCCCUAGAUGGGGCGGGUUUCUGGCAAAGCUCUCUCUGGCCUACUUUCUGCUCUUCCUGGCGCAUGGGCACUCUUCCCUGGGAUGGUGUCUGCCCCAGGCUGUCGGCAGCAUGAGCCUCAGAAGUCGUCCGUGGUCGUGGCCAUCACUACCUCAAUGGGACGAGGAACCCUCACAAAUAAGGAUUCAGAGUUUCCUGUUGGAGAGGUGCACUGGGGUGAGAAGCGGGGGAUGGGAACAGGCCUCCAUGGCCCUGAGGCAGGCCCGGCUGUGAGGGAACUUGCUCAGCACCAGCACACAAGAGCGUGUUCGGGAGAUGGUGAGGCCCUCCUCCUCCUUUGCAAGUCAGGUUUUCCACAGUAGAGCUUUCUCCCAGAAGGCACAGAGGGAGGGGCCGGGCUGGACUUUGUUUUCUGCCCCCCCCAUCACCUCCAGGGCCGUCUGUCCUCUGCGGGGUAUGUGGGUUGCUGCUGGGAGGGCAGUGUGCUGGUGAGCGCCAGAGGCUACGUGCUCUGUGCUGUUAGAGGAGUCUGUCCGGGGCCUGGAGACACCUCUGCUUGUUCCCUCCUGGCCCCCUCCCCCAGUCUCCCCCACCUGCCGCGUCCAUCUCUGGCUUGCCGGAGCGGGAAUGUGGGCAGCAUGCCUGGGAUAGCUCCAGGCUGGGCAGAGUCCCCCACACACUGACUGUUGGGUGGCAGUGCCUGUCUCCAGCGCUGCAGAGGUGACACCGAGCACAUAGACUGGCUAAUUACCUCCACUGCUGGCUCCUUGUGCUGUCCUGACAACGAGGAGCCGUGGCAGCCGUGUGUUGCCUGUCCCCCAGGAUGGUGCCCCGUGGCCCCUGCCCUGCGAUGGCUGGUUUCUGUCUGCUAGGACUUGUGCUGCGGUUGUCCUCAGGGCUCUCAAGUGCUACUGGUGUGACCUGUCCCGCCUUUGGCUUUAGUGGAUUUCUUCCACUGCCUCCGACCCCCAAACAUACAUGCACACCGUCCUUCUGGCUCUCGGCAACACCAGGUGCUAUGGGAGGACUGCACAGCCGGGGACACCAGCGUUCCCGGGGUGGAGAUGCCCAGGCUGUUCCAGACGCAGGAAGGCACUCUCGUGGCCCUCGCCAGCCGGAUUCCUGGCACCCCGUGGCCUCGCACUGCUCGUGGGUGGGGGGGGGGGGUGGCCGUGGUAGUGGGCUUGGUCUGUGCUUAAGAUGUUUAGUGUGGCAGGAGCCCCAAAUCCUGGUCCCCAGGGCAGUCUUGGCAGGCCUGUAUCUUUCUCUGCAUCCCGUUUUGCUCACAUGUAUUCACACGAAGGUGUGUGCAGGUGAGCGCUCUCCCUUUGCUGGGUUUAUAGACACGGGUUCACGUUCUACCGCAGUUGGCUUUCUCAGCUAAGCGGACUUCAGGACACCUUCCCUGUCUGUGUCCUUCCCAGGCUUUCAUGCUAGUACGGGGCUCUGCCCGGACAGCCAGCAGCGGCGGUGGCCACCACCGGCCUGGAGGCCUCUGGAGCAGCAGCAAUGCGGAAUCCUUGGACAGGCUCCUCCCACCUGUGGGCACCGGGCGCUCACCCCGGAAGCGCACCACCAGCCAGUGCAAGUCUGAGCCGCCCCUGCUGCGCACCAGCAAGCGCACCAUCUACACAGCCGGGCGCCCGCCCUGGUAUAAUGAGCACGGCACACAGUCCAAGGAGGCCUUUGCCAUCGGUCUGGGAGGAGGCAGCGCCUCUGGGAAGACCACUGUGGCCAGGAUGAUCAUCGAGGCCCUGGACGUGCCCUGGGUGGUCUUGCUGUCCAUGGACUCCUUCUACAAGGUGCUGACCACGCAGCAACAGGAGCAGGCUGCCCACAACAACUUCAACUUCGACCAUCCAGACGCCUUCGACUUUGACCUCAUUGUGUCCACCCUCAAGAAGCUGAAACAGGGCAAGAGUGUCAAGGUGCCUGUCUACGACUUCACCACCCACAGCCGGAAGAAGGACUGGAAAACACUCUACGGUGCAAACGUCAUCAUCUUCGAGGGCAUCAUGGCCUUUGCUGACAAGACUUUGCUGGAGCUCCUGGACAUGAAGAUCUUUGUGGACACGGACUCUGACAUCCGCCUUGUGCGGCGGCUGCGUCGGGACAUUAGCGAGCGAGGCCGAGACAUCGAGGGUGUCAUCAAGCAAUACAACAAGUUUGUCAAACCUGCCUUCGACCAGUACAUCCAGCCCACUAUGCGCGUGGCAGACAUCGUGGUGCCCUGGGGGAGCGGGAACACGGUGGCCAUCGACUUGAUCGUGCAGCACAUGCACAGCCAGCUGGAGGAGAGGAAGCUGCGCUGGGAUAUGGCCGCGCUGGCCUCGGCGCAUCAGUGCCACCCCCUGCCGCGAACGUUGAGUGUUCUCAAGAGCACGCCGCAGGUGCGGGGCAUGCACACCAUCAUCAGGGACAAGGAGACCAGCCGUGAUGAAUUCAUCUUCUACUCCAAGAGGCUGAUGCGGCUGCUCAUCGAGCACGCGCUCUCCUUCCUGCCCUUCCAGGACUGCGUCGUGCAGACCCCGCAGGGGCAGGACUACGCGGGCAAGUGCUAUGCGGGGAAGCAGAUCACUGGCGUGUCCAUCCUGCGUGCGGGUGAGACUAUGGAGCCGGCGCUGCGGGCUGUGUGCAAAGACGUGCGCAUCGGCACCAUCCUCAUCCAGACCAACCAGCUCACCGGGGAGCCCGAGCUCCACUACCUGCGGCUGCCCAAGGACAUCAGUGACGACCACGUGAUCCUGAUGGACUGCACGGUGUCCACGGGCGCGGCGGCCAUGAUGGCUGUGCGUGUGCUCCUGGACCAUGAUGUUCCGGAAGACAAGAUCUUCCUGCUGUCGCUGCUCAUGGCCGAGAUGGGCGUUCACUCGGUGGCCUACGCCUUCCCACGAGUGAGGAUUAUCACCACGGCGGUGGACAAGCGCGUCAACGACCUGUUCCGCAUCAUCCCCGGCAUUGGUAACUUCGGUGACCGCUACUUCGGGACGGACGCGGCGCCUGACGGCAGUGAUGAGGAGGAAGGGGCCUCCACGAGCUAGCCGCCCGCCCUGAGCCUGCCCGCUCUUGCCGCCGCCCCGCCUCUUCCUGCCUCAUGGCCUUG